GCGUGGGCUGUGCGCGCUGCGUGUCGGCGGGCGCGCGAGUGUGCGAGCGGGCGAGCGUGUGGAUGGGAGCGCGGAGAGGGUCCGCCCGCCUCUCCCUCCGGAGGAGAAGGCUGGCCUCGUGAGCGGAGCCCACCCUCGGAGCGGAGCCCACGGCAGGAGAGGGGCUCUCGGGUGGGGCGCCCAAGAUGAGCGGCGGGCACGUCGUCUGCACCGGGUGGCUCAUCAAGUCCCCCCCGGAGAAGAAGCUCAAGAGAUACGCUUGGCGGAAGCGUUGGUUCGUGUUGCGCCAAGGCCGCAUGAGCGGCAACCCCGAUGUGCUGGAGUACUACCGGAACAGCCAUUCCAAGAAGCCCAUCCGGGUGAUCGACCUGAACGAGUGCGAGGUGGUGAAGCACUCGGGACUGAAUUUCAUCAAGAAGGAGUUCCAGAACAAUUUCGUCUUUGUUGUGAAGACGGCGUACCGCACCUUCUAUCUGGUGGCCAAGUCUGAGGAGGAGAUGCAAGCAUGGGUCCACCACAUCACCCAAAUCUGCAACUUCGGACAUUUGGAAGAUGGUACAGAUUCGGGGGACAGCUUGUCACACACCACUUCCUCACCGCAGCCCUCGCCGGCCACUUCGGCCCACGCCUUGAGGACCGCGGAGACCUCUUCUUCGGUCGACCAGCCCACCAGCGAUGCCUCUGCUGCUGAGGAGACGGCCAGCGAGUCGGAGUCCGUCUUCCUCCCAGACUAUCUCUUCCUAUCCAACUGUGAGACAGGGAAACUCAGCCAUGUCAGAUGCCACAGCUGGUCCAAUUCCGACCGGUCCCUUGAGCAGACCUCAUCCGACGAUGUCUUUGUUGACUUUGUGGCUUCCCAGCCCUCCCUCUUCCUACAGUCCUCGGGUGGCCCAUUGCAGGAGAUCCUCUCGCCAACAUGCCAAGGGCUCCUUCCUAGGAACCCAGACUCAAGUGGGCCUCCUUCUAGCGAUUUCUCCUCAUCCUCUCCAUUAUCAGGACCUCCCUUGACACCAACCUUCCUGGUUGAUAAAAGCCAGAACACUCUUUCUUUGGGUGUCGUUGAACUGGACGUUUUGGCCAAUACGCCGCCGCCACGGCCUCCGAAGCCAACGCACCUCUCUGACAGAAGGGCCGAGGAGCAACCUUUUGGGGGCCUUCAAAAUGGACAUUCUGGGAUCUCUAGCAGUCAAAGGGUUGUGGUGCCAAGACGGAUCUCCAUGUCUGGCUUAGAUUCCAUGAGGAAUUGGAGAGUUGACAUGGAUGAAAGUUCCUUAAGAAGCAGGGAUAAGAGGCUUAGCUUGAAUUUGCCAUGUCGGUUUAGCCCGCUCUAUUCCAGCACUUCAAACAGUUCCGAGGACAGUUACGUGCCCAUGCACCCCAGUGCCUCCCCUCCCCUCCCCGGUUCUGACUGCACACCGGACGGCUACAUUCCCAUGAGUCCAGGAUCAACGGCGUUUGCUGUCUCCACCGUAAACACCGAAAAGCUCCCCAGCCCUCUGCCUGAACUUCCCACUGAUCUGGAACCACCUCCGGUGAACCGGGACCUCAAACCUCGCCGUAAAUUCCGACCGCCUCCACUGGACCUGCGAAAUCUGUCCACCAUCCGAGAACAUGCUGCCUUAACCAGGACAUGGACCGUGCCUUACAAUCGGACGAGCUUUAUCUCUCCAGAAAGAGACUGCAUUUAUUCGGCCAAAGUAUUUGCCAGUUCCAUUUCCGGAGAAGAGGAAGAGAGUUACAUUCAAAUGGAGCACCAGCAAGCAACUUCGCCAUAUAACGGAGCGUUGUUCCAAUGGCCAAAGAAGUUUAACGUUGACUACUUAGCGCUGGAUUUUAAUUCUGCUUCUCCGUCACCUGUACAAAAGAAACCUUUCCUCUCGGAAGAACAGCGGGUGGAUUAUGUCCAGGUGGACGAACAACGAACUCAGGCUCUCCAGAGCACGAAGCAGGAAUGGACGGACGAGCGGCAGUCCAAGGUCUGAAGGGGACAUGCACACCUUGCUUGGUGAAGCAUAAUUUUGCACAUGGAAAUCCAGGUCAUUGGGACAGUCCAGUGGCAAUGGCAAGAAAGCUGAAGUGUUGCCUUCUUUCGGGCACCGAAAAAGGACCAGCUCAUCACUUUGCCACAUUAACACCUUUCCAAGACGGACCCGUGGUACCUUUAAGACUUGAAUCUGGGUGCCUUGGAACACUUAAUGGGAACCAAAUACUUGUUGUGUCACACUGUAAUGAAAGAAUGAAAUAUAUCCUUGCUAUUUAACAGAUGCUGCCUUGACCGUAGCAUCUGGUACUGACAGGAAGUGGAAGAAUAAGGGCUAAACCUUUGGGGUAAUGUGAAAUCAAGUUUUGUCAAAGGGUGGGAUAUCCCUUGAUAUGAAGCGUGUCGGCUUCAAUGCCAUAUUGGACCAUGUAAAUAGGACUUCGCACUGUGGCCGUUUCAAAAUCCCUCAUUUUCGUCCUUGGCUUCUUCAUAGCAACUGUCACAAUGAGUGGGAGCCAUCUUCACUGUCCCAUUUGUAUUUCAACGUACGCCCAAGUUUUUGCCUUCGAAAGGAAACAAAGGAAGGUGGGAAAUAACCAGUGAGUCUUAGCAAGGCUGGCAUUGCCUGCUCAGCAGGGCAGGAAGCACCGCAGCCAUUCAUAAGGACGGUCUCCCAGUUUCUGGAUCUCGGUAAACAAGCUUCCAAUGGAUCCCAGUCCUUGGAAAUCCCACUGCCAAGCCCUGUGUGGCUGAAGCUAUGAAAUGACUGGAAUAAAGUUGACCCAACCCUCUUAGCACAAAGAUCUUUUACUUCAUAUUUAGCCUCCUUUCAAUAAAAGAAGUGAAGAUGUAA